CGACCUCCUCUCCUCCUCUCUGCCGGAGCACCAUGGCUCUGACCCGCAUGGAGAAGGCUCAGAUGUGGCUCCUGAAGGCGCUGAUGGGUUUCCUCCAGACGCUCCUCUGGCUCCUGUCUCCCCGGAGAACAGCCGCCGUGUCGGGGCAGAAGAAGCUGCUGCUGCCGGCCGUCAGAGACGCUCUGCUCGGCGUGUCGGCGACGCAGCUCGCCAAGAAGAUCCGGAGAAAAGAGGUGUCCAGUGUCCAGGUGGUGCGAGCUUACAUUGACCGGAUCCAGGAGGUCAACCCUUUUCUGAACGCUGUCACAAAAGACAGGUUUGACGCUGCGCUCCAGGAGGCGAAGCAGGUGGACAAGCUGAUCGAGGAGGAAACUGGAGGAGAGGAGGUGCUGGAGGAUCGACUGCCGUUACUGGGAGUCCCACUCUCCGUCAAAGAGUCCUUCGCCCUCCAGGGGAUGCCCUUCACUGUAGGUUUGGUCUCCAGGAAAGGAGUGGUGGCCACGGUCGACGCUCCUCCGGUGGCCCUGCUGAAGCGAGCGGGUGCCAUCCCGAUGGGCGUCACCAACACCAGCGAGCUGUGCAUGUGGUGGGAGUCCAACAACCACCUCUACGGCAUCACCAACAACCCGUACGACUUCGAGAGGAUAGCAGGAGGAAGUUCAGGUGGAGAGGGCAGCAUACUGGGCGGAGCGGGCGCAGUCAUCGGCGUGGGCUCAGACAUCGGCGGCAGCAUCCGCAUGCCGUGUUUCUUCAACGGGAUAUUCGGCCAUAAAACCACACCUGGUGUCGUGUCUCUUGAGAACCAGUACCCUCAAUGCACCGGCAGAGAGAGAGAGUACUGCAGCAGUGGUCCCAUGUGUCGCUACGCUGAGGACCUGCUGCCAAUGCUCAAGAUCAUGGCGGGACCCAACGCUCACAUGUUGUCCUUAGACACAAAGGUCGACCUAAAGAAGCUGCGGUUCUUCACCAUCCCUCACAACGGCACGUCUCCAAUAACGUACCCCGUCAGCAAAGAGCUCAUUGACAUUCAGAGGAAGGUGGUGGAGCGCCUGGAGGCCGACCUCGGAGUGAAGGUCCAAGAAGUGCGUUUCCCCGAGCUCCGCUACAGCUUCCAGAUCUGGAACACCUACAUGGGUCUCCCUGACAAGGAGGGCAAGCCUCCAAAGCGAUUUUCUGAGCAUAUGGGGGAACCAGGACCACCUGCUUGGCCCGUUUGGGAGCUGCUGAAAUGGAUGAUGGGAAAAUCAGAGCAUACCAUGGCUGCUAUCGGUCUGGGCCUGGUGGAGAUGACCAACCUUUCCAAACCCUCCGCCUUAAUCAUCCAGAAGAAGGAGAAGCUGCAGAAGGAGAUGGACGAGCUGCUGGGCACUGACGGUGUUUUUCUUUACCCCUCGCACCCGAGGGUGGCUCCCAAACACCACCACCCGCUCCUCAGGCCUUUUGACUUCGCCUACACAGGUAUAAUCAACAUCCUCGGUCUGCCGGUCACCCAGUGCCCUCUGGGUCUGAGCGAGGAAGGUUUGCCCCUGGGGGUUCAGGUCGGUGCUGGGAAGCUGCAGGACCAUCUGACCCUCGAGGUGGCUCUCUACCUGGAGAAGACGUUCGGAGGCUGGAGGGACCCCGGGGCCACCUAAAAAAACCAACAAAAAAACCCCCACUCCCACGCCAACGACCGUUACCAAAUCUCCAGACUGGAGUCGGACUGAAGGUGUGGUAAUCUGUUACCUGCCUUGCUGCUUGCUGUAGUACACGAAAAAGGCACGAUCAGAUCGCCGAAUGUUUAAAAUGGAAGAGGUGUUUGCACUAAUGAGUUGUUCCGAUAACAUGAUUUUAUAAUUUACACUGUUCAGAGAUGAUUGCAUCAUGAGCACAAGCUUUAAAAUAUGAUUGUAUGUGUGUGGAGAUUGAGCAUUGAUGUUAACACACAGAACAAGACUGAAUAUCUAACAGGUUUAACAUUUUAACGGUGCUAGUGGCAACUGGGUCCUGUGUGUAGUGCAGAUUCCUGCCUUUCAUAGGACAGUUCUUUGUUUUUGGACCGGCACCUGUACAGCUCACGUGUAAGAGGGCAGUGUGUUACUAUAAUAACUCACUAAAGGUCAGCGCACCACAGGCUCAAAGUCAUAAAUACCCUCCACACCCACACAAACGUUUCUGUUGUUCCAACUAGUCAGACAUUCGCCCUCAGAUGAGCUGAUGUUUACCCGACUCCGUAAUGUUGAAUAAAGGUGGUGUGUCCAGCGUAAAAACAGGUACAACUAAUCUACAGAUAUCAAGCGUAGUCAGAACACAUCCCUGAGGUCAGAAUGAUGAAACACCUGCAUAGAUGAGGAGGGUUUUUAAACCAAGUAGGAACAACAGAAAAUGCUGACACAGCAUCAGUUGUGUGGUAAUGUGAAUGCUGCAUAAUGGCAGUUGGAGCCUGCUUUAUGCUGCUACUCUUUUGUUUCAUUUAAUAAAAAUAAAGGUCUGCAUACUUUCUCA